AUGUCGCCUGUCGCCGCUGAACGCGCUCUGCUGCUACCACUUAUGCAGGCGCGCCAUAGCUCGCAUUCGCCCAUGGGCACGCCGGCGGCGGCGCAGCGCAAGAAGGUCACCAUCAACACCCUACAGGCACUACACCGUAAGAAUGAGCCUAUCACCAUGCUCACCGCCUACGACUUCCCCUCUGCACACCUCGCGGAUCAUGCCGGCGUAGACGUCGUCCUUGUUGGAGACAGUCUUGCCAUGGUUGCCAUGGGUAUGGAGGACACAAGCGAGGUCACGGUUGAGGACAUGCUGGUGCACUGUCGCUCUGUCGCGCGCGCAACGAAGUCUGCUUUCACCGUCGCCGAUUUGCCUAUGGGUUCUUAUGAAAUCGCCCCUGAGCAAGCCCUUGAGACUGCCAUUCGCAUGGUCAAGGAGGGUCGUAUGCAGGGCAUCAAGCUUGAGGGUGGCAUCGAGAUGGCACCCACAAUUGCCAAGAUCACUCGCGCCGGCAUCCCCGUCCUCGCUCACAUCGGAUUGACGCCCCAACGCCAGAACGCUCUCGGCGGCUUCCGUGUGCAAGGCAAGUCCACGGCCGGGGCCCUCAAGCUGCUGCAAGACGCCCUUGCGGUCCAGGAGGCCGGUGCCUUCGCCACGGUGGUGGAAGCCGUGCCUGCCGAGAUCGCGGCACUGGUGACGAAACAAUUGAGCAUCCCGACCAUCGGCAUUGGCGCCGGCAACGGCUGUUCCGGUCAGGUUCUCGUCCAGGUCGACAUGCUGGGUAACUUCCCGCCCGGCCGCUUCAUUCCCAAGUUCGUGAAGAAGUACGGUAGCGUGUGGGAAGAGAGCAUGCGCGCCAUUACCGAGUACAAGAACGAGGUCAAGUCGCGUGCUUACCCUGCCCCUGAGCACACGUACCCGAUCGCUAAGGAGGAGGUCGCCGAAUUCGAGCGAUUGAUCGCGGAGAAGGUGGAAGGGAAUGCGAAGGCUGCGUGA